UCCGACAGAUCCACCCCACAUCUACUUUCUGCCAAGGUACACCCAAGAGCCUUCAUACCUUCGCAACUAGAUCCUUUGUACAACCGCCCUUGCAGCUGUUAGAGAGCGGAACAGAUAUAGGCUCAGACAGUCCAACAAAAAACACACGGACUACGAUCAUGGGCUUCAUAAACAAGAAACAUGACAAGAAGGAGAGACUCGAACGAAUGCAGGAACUGUACAAAUCGAUAACGAACUCGAACUGGGCGGCCCUCAGCAUGGAGCAGAAUGGGCAUUUCAAACAUGCGUUGAUCAGCUGGACAGACCUUAACUCGUUUGCAGAUGAACAGGUCGAGAAGCUCAACGAGGAGACGGCAAACGUGCAUCUCUCCACCGACGAGAAGAUAAUCCUAGACGAGCUCAACAAGCUGAGAGCCGAGAUCGAGUCAAACUGCUAUGCUUCGGCAAAGGCCAUGGAGAGACACCUACAGCUGCAACAUCAGCAGUCACAGCAUCAACAGCAACUGCAGCAGCAGCAUCAACAGCAUUACGGUAACGCAGUCCCGACAUUGCGGACAAGCAUUCCCCACACAAUGAGUUCCCGGAAACCCGGCUCCAAGAUGCUCAAAUCUCUUCGCCCAGGAGGGCUGACAUCAUAUUCUUCAACGCCAUCCGCCACGUCCAUGUCCAAACAGUCCGGUGUUCCAUCUGCAUCCACCGGGUCGUCCGUUUCGAACUCCCUUCCGACCGCAAAACACGCCGCCAACUUGAUGUGGGCGCCUUCGAACUCUCUUAACGUGAACAACAGCAACAAUAACAGCAACAGCAACAGCAUUAGCAACUCCAAUCUCCUGGCGCCUGAUUCAAACUAUACUUCUAACAGCUACAGCAAUGGCAGCGUCAACAACAAUGAAUACCAAUCCAAUAGCGUAUCUGCUACGAUUUCACCUGCCGGUGAGUUUGCCGAGUUCAGCAGUACCACGGUUGCUACAGUAAAUACCAACGGCCAUUCCAAGAAAACUCCCUCCGACAGGGCCAGAGCGGCAUUGAAGGCAUCUGCCGCCGUGAAAUAUCCAAAUAGACCAGAGCUUUCCAACAACAGCAACAGUAGUAGCACCAACAAAUUGGAUGCCACACGCCAACACAGGUCUCAUAGGUCCAGGUCUCCGCAAUAUGAAAUAUCACCAAACCCUCCGUCUUCUACUUCGUAUUCGCCAGUGGCUUCAGAGUCAUCGCUACAAUCUCCUACAAGAGCCAUCAAGAAUCCGAAAGUGCCGGUUGCUGCCGGUGAUGAGAUCAAGGCAGAUGAAGACCCCGCAGAAGAUUCGGAAGAAGACGAAGAUGAGAAGAUUCUGAAAAAAAUCAAGGGUGUGGAUUUGAAAUUUGCGAAAAACAUCCUUGUCGAAAGUAGCAGAGAUCAAGACAAGGUUUUUUGGAGUGAUAUUGCAGGUCUUGAGCAAGCAAAGGAGACGCUAAUGGAAACUGUGGUCUAUCCCUUUUUGAGGCCAGAUCUUUUCCGAGGUCUACGUGAGCCUGUAAGUGGUAUGCUUUUGUUCGGACCGCCGGGUACCGGAAAGACCAUGCUUGCAAGAGCAGCAGCAACAGAAUCAAAUUCCACCUUCUUUAGCAUCCAGUCUUCCUCUUUGACGUCCAAGUGGUACGGUGAGAGUGAAAAACUUGUGCGUGCUCUAUUCCAAGUUGCCAAGGCAAAAGCACCGUCCAUUAUCUUUGUAGAUGAAAUCGAUUCUCUUUUGGGGAAGCGAUCCGGAGAUGGGGACGACGAUACAAGUAGACGUUUGAAGAAUGAGUUUUUGGUGCAAUGGUCAGAUCUUUCCAAAGCCGCUGCAGGUAGAGUCGAUGACGAGAACGACCCACCCUCCAGGGUUUUGGUUUUAGCUGCCACCAACCUCCCAUGGGCCGUCGACGAGGCUGCAAGAAGAAGAUUUGUGCGUCGGCAGUACAUCCCGCUCCCCGAGCCCGAGACGAGAUUGGCCCAUUUCACCAAGCUGUUGAUGCACACACCUAACUCUCUGACCGAAGAUGACAUGCAACAGUUGGUUGAAUUGACCGAGGGCUACAGUGGAAGUGAUAUUACGUCGUUGGCCAAGGAUGCUGCUAUCUGGCCUAUCCGAGAAUUAGGUUCGAAGAUGCUCAAUCUCAAGGAGGUCGAGAUCAGGCCCCUUUGUUUGGGCGACUUCGAACGCAGUAUGAAGAACAUUCGUCCGAGUGUGAACAAGGAGGGGUUGGAGAAGUUUGAGGAAUGGGCCCGUGAGUUUGGCUCUUCUGGAGCAUGAGUCACAUUGCCCCGUGAGCCAUCUGGCGCUUAAAGUGGCGCCGCCAUCGUAUCUAUACCUACAAGCAUGCCUGCUUACACACAUCUAUAUACAUAUCUUUCUUUAUUUCAACAAUGUCUUUUGUCCCGUGGACGGCGCCUUAUCGUUCUUAUCAGUCGACGUCUUCGGAAUGUUGCGCUCGCGGAACUAUUGCCUUAUCGAGACUUCCCA